AGAACAAAUACUGUAAUACAGACGACUACACCAAACACACACACACACACACACAUCACACCACUACAGGAACCAAACCUAGCCUGGGUUGUGAACAAGAAGGAUGGGGGGGGGGGGGGGGGAUCGAUAAUAACAGAAAAAUGAGAACGAAAGAAAGAGAAAGGUAGAGUGAGAGGAAUUAUUGCUAUCGCUGGAUACAGCAGAGAAAACAGGAGAGGACACACACUCCAAACAGACGCCUACAACUCCCAGCAACCCUGGCAGUGGACGGGGCUUAUGAUGGUGUGGAGGGUGGAGGGAUUGGAUGAACUUGAUUGAGCUCCGACCACACUGCACCAGGGUGAAGUUUCCACUAGGGACAGAUCUAGGAUCAGCUUCCCCUCCCCCAGUCAUAACCGAAAAUGACGGGACUGCAGUGGAUAGCUGCUGUCUUGCAGGCUCCUGACCAAUUCUGCCCCCCCCCCCCCUUAUUUAUUUUACAUAAUGUUUCCGAGAUCAUUUCCUACAACCGAAAACAUUUUCUGGACAUCAGAACAGCGAUCACUAACCUCGAACCUCUACAACCUCAUCUUCCUCGUCUCCUCCUCCUCCUCCUCUCCGCUGUUCUAUUGUACACUGGAGAACAACCUGGACGAGAUCCAUUCGAGACUAUCCCAUCAACAAGACCCCAACAACCUGGACGAGAUCCAUUCGAGACUAUCCCAUCAACAAGACCCCAACAACCUGGACGAGAUCCAUUUGAGACUAUCCCAUCAACAAGACACCAACAACCUGGACGAGAUCCAUUCAAGACUAUCCCAUCAACAAGACCCCAACAACCUGGACGAGAUCCAUUCGAGAUUAUCCCAUCAACAAGACCCCAACAACCUGGACGAGAUCCAUUCGAGACUAUCCCAUCAACAAGACCCCAACAACCUGGACGAGAUCCAUUCGAGACUAUCCUAUCAACAAGACCCCAACAACCUGGACGAGAUCCAUUUGAGACUAUCCCAUCAACAAGACCCCAACAACCUGGACGAGAUCCAUUCGAGACUAUCCCAUCAACAAGACCCCAACAACCUGGACGAGAUCCAUUCGAGACUAUCCUAUCAACAAGACCCCAACAACUGUAAUAUCCUAUGCUUUUCAGAAUCAUGACUGAAUAAGGACAUUAUACACUGAGUGUACAAAACAUUAGGAACACUUGGUCUUUUCCAUGACAUAGACUGACCAGGUGAAUCCAGGUGAAAGCUAUGAUCCCUCAUUGAUA